AUGAAAAUUGUCACAAACAAACAAACUUUUGAAUAUGGACAGUCAAGAGAUAUCAACAGAAGGACUAUUACCAACAUUGCUUCCACAGGAGAUGUAAGAGACAGUCUCCCUUUAAAUUGUGAUUGCAACGCUGGUUAUACUGGAGCCGCUUGUUCUAUUCCUACUUGUUAUGGAAUUUCCAAGUUCGAUUCCAAUGCCUGUUCUGGGCUUGGACAAUGUAUAGGUCCAAAUCAAUGUUCUUGUUCCAAUGUCUCUGUUUCAGAUUUCCAUAAUUGUCAACCCUAUGCAUUUUGCCACAAUCAAUCUUCAUUGAAUGUUGCUGCAAAUGUGUGCAGCGGAAAAGGAACUUGCCAAGCUGCAGAAAGCCUCCUUGUGCAAGAUCAAAGCAUUUGUGAUCCUGGAUAUUUUGGAGAUAUGUGUCAAUACACUAAAUGCUAUGGAUUCAUGAACAAUGACACUUUGGCUGGCUCUGGAAAUGGAAAAUGUGUUGGACCUGACACUUGUCAAUGUACUAAUGAUACCAUUUACACUGGAAAACAGUGCUCCUUACCUGUUUGUUACGGAUUUAACUCUUUAAGCAGUGAUGUGUGCUCUUCACACGGCAUCUGUGAGAAACCAAAUUCAUGUAAAUGCUACGAAAAUUUUAAUGGAACUCGGUGUGAAAAUUUCAAUUGCUUUGGUAUACCCAAUAAUUCCUCUUUGGUCUGCUCAGGAAAAGGAAUCUGUGUCUCAAAUGAUACUUGCCAAUGCAUUAACGGAUAUUCAGGUGCAAAUUGUAGCGACUGGAGAUGCUUUGGAAUUUCAAAGGAUCAAUCAGAUCUUAUCUGUUCAGGAAACGGAAAUUGUUUGUCGUACGACAAAUGUUCAUGCAAAGCAAAUGCUACAGGAGCAAAUUGCAGCCUUUGUUCCGUACCACUCAGAAAACCUCCUUUCUGUGAGGUGUGUAUUGAUGGAAACUACGGAGCGGACUGUUCAAAUACCAUUCUUGGAAAUUUGAAUAUGCUUGACAAUGGAAACACUUUACAACUCAAAAUGUCAAGUCUAUUCAUGUCACCUCAAAAAUCUGGAUCCAAUACUUGUGAUAGGAUUUUGUCUAGCAAUAGUUUGAAAUUCUUUAGUACUAUUCGGUGCAGUUUCACACGAGACUCGUCUUACACCUCUUUGACGAUGAUUAACUCCAGACUUUUUAAUCACACAGGUUUCAAUUACACCAUUACCAUAACAGGAGACUACAGUGCAACGUUUGUUCCAGGCACAGUCAUGGAAAUUAAUGUCCUGUGGUUGUAUAACAAUCCAGUUCAAUCACCCAUUUAUAUCUCUAUACCUAUCAGUGAUCAAUUUUAUGUUUACAAAGAACCAUCACUUUCAUUACUGAUCACCAAUCGUCUUUAUCAGGUGUUGAGUAGAUGUCACGAUAACAGAGUGGAAAUUUACCCCUUUCAAUUUGACGGUAGAACAAACUAUCAAUUGAUUUGGGAAGCGACCACCCCUGGGGUCUCUGACACUUUGAAGACAAUCCUUCGAAACUCGCGUGAUAAGACGGUGGUCAUGAUUCCUUAUGGAAUGACUGUGAAUGGAAGGUUAAAUCUCUCGAUUACCUUUAUUACUGCUUUUGGUAAAACUAAGGUCUUUAAUUUCACACUGCUCGAAAGUAUAUAUGACACCUUUGAAAGAGAUGCUAAUUUCAAGAGCCUAGUGAAUUUGAGCUCACAAUAUGAUACCUUGCAAGGUAAUCGAAUGGUUUCCAUCAAAUGCUCCUAUUCUCUCAACGAGGCAAGUUACUAUAAUGGAAUUGUGACACAGGUGACCUUUGUGUCUCCGGAUGCAAUCAACUCCGAACAGACUUGUCAAAUCAUUUCAGCAGGUUUUAAAAAUCAACUCUCAAAGAUACCUUAUUCGGAUGAUGAACAAACAUACAGUUUAGAGAUUGUAGUGUCUUCUCAAAAUUGUAAAUUGGCCUCCCUCAAAGUGGAUUUUGAGAUCAAACUUAGUUCAUCCUCGACUAAAACUGUCAAUCUUCAACUCGAAUACAUGACCGUGACCCCUUCAAGUUUUUCAUGCCAAAACUCCAAAGUAUAUGCUGCUGUGGGUGAACAAGUGACGCUCUCUUGUACCGUUUCUACCCUAUCCAUAACGCCUGUUCCAUUAACACCAUCGUCUGGUACUUAUGCUUUGUUUAUUGGAUCCUACCAAGUAACUCCAAGUUUCAAUUCACUCCCAAUCAUAUUUACAGCAAUGAGAGACAUGAUUGGAGGAAUUUCACAGCCUGUGUAUUUGCAAACAACCUCUCCAUUAGGAAGUGUGAGAAUGCAAUCUUUGAUUAGUUUGGAUAUUACAGCUGAUCCCAUGAGUUGGAAAUCUAUCACAUCAAAAGUCAAGAAUUCUAAUUUACCUGUUUUGGUUACGUCUUCAUUGGAAUUAAUGUCUUCUCCGAUGAAAGUCAUUUUCGAUAACAUGUUCAAUCAACCUGGAAUUGUUUAUGUUCAGAACUUGUAUUAUUACCUUCAACAAGUCUCCGUUUUGACUCAACGAAGAGAAUUUAUGUUUGCAUCUGGUGUGAGAGCUACAAAUGACCUUUUGACAUCCUUGUUCUCCUUUAUGCAAACUUCACCAAAAUCAUUGACAAAUAUUCUCACUUCAAAGAUUGUCAAAACGUUGGGAACUAUCAUUAGAAAUAUCAGUUUCGACACUGAAAUGGCACCAAAACUCACAAAAACAUUCCUUCAAUUGAUAUUGUCUCGUUCUGCCAUUCGAAACAUCUCCACAAAUGAAUUAUGGCAAGGUAACUCUACUACUGAUAGCAAUAAUCUAUUUGCGUUGUUGUAUGGUUCUGUGUGUGAAGUGGUAGAUCAGUCCAUUUGGGGAUCUGGCAACAGCUUGUGUACUUUCGAAGGAGUGUCACAAGUCUCAUUGGAAGAGUUAGGAAAUGUUUCAAUUCCCAAUUGUUCGUGUGAUUUGUCCAAAUUGAAUGCUGCCAUAUCAACCAAUGCCUUGAGUCUUUUGGACGGUAUCAUGUCAACCAUGGCAAUCGCUCAAGGCAACAGCAACAAUGCUGGUGUUGGAGUUUAUAUUUAUGACUCUAAUUCAGUGGCUCUUGGAGUGGGCCUCACCUUUGGACUCUUUGUUCCAUUGAUAUUGUGCGCAGUUGGAGUUGCGGCUGAUUACAACACUAAUUGUGUUUCAUAA